GGCCGUAAAUGAAGUCUUAUCCCUCUAUUUGCAUUUCUGGAACCGCCCUAUCUACUAGGAUCAUAUAACAGGACUACAUGGUGGUGGCACGUAAUCCACAUUUAUGACGUAAGCUGUUUGAUUAAUGAAACCUGAAAACAAAUUAAAAAUAUGAAACAAGAUUUGUGUAUAAAUGCCGAAUCUUUAGUUCAGUUUCGCAUUCAGAUCUGGUACUACACUCUUUUUGUUGUUUCUUCUCUUCUGAAUUCCGGAAUCAGAAUGACCUCUCUGUUGGCGUCGUUGGUUGUGGUAGCUGCUGUGCUGCUGGCGUCUACGUCUGCUAGUUUCAUAUCAGGAAAACAUGCUUGUGCCUUUUGUCCUGGUCGUCUAAUCAACCCUACGUGUUUGUGCGGUGAAAUGCUCGACACCAUUGGAUGCCCAACUGGAAUAUGCAGACCGUGUUAUCGUAAAAACUACUGCAGUCGAAUCAGCAUGUGUCCCACGAGAUGUCGACGUGGUUACUGUCACAGUUAUACCACGGGGUGCAUGGUGUGUACGUGCAGAGAGUACAGCAUUACCAGGCCAGGCAUAAUCACGUACUAGAUCAGUAUCACGUACUAGACCAGGAUCACGCACAGAACCGACGUUAUCCAGAUGACACUAUUCUAAAACAGAGUAAUCUGUUUAGUGAUCCAAUAAAAUUGCAAAGAUGA